CACUACUGCAAACUGGCAUGCCUCGAGGCCUAUUCCAGCGCUACUGCGUAUUGCAGAACGUUCCAUGAGGUGAUAAGUGAAACUAAAUAAAGCAACACGAUUAUAACAUUAUCGUAUUGACAGAAAAACGCGCGAAGAAAUGUACACGAUGCAAAAUUAAAUAAUAAAAUAAAAGGCUAUAUCCCGACUACAUACACGUUAACAUGUUACGCUGUUGGGCUCAUAUUUUUGAUAAAUGCCGCGUAUCCGCGCUUGCGUGUACCGCUAUCGAUUAUCGUCUACACUCGGUGCAGUAUGUUUCGACAGCACAAGUCAGACUCGUAGUUCUCUUCCGCACGUUGUACCAUCGCAAAAUCGGUGACACCUGCUGUCGUACACCAUUUCAACAUACGAGGCACUUUUCUACAAAAGACACCAUGAGUCUGGUUGUACAGAACUUUCACGAGGCAUGUGAGGAAGCCCUCAACCGGCAAAUCAAUUUGGAACUGUACGCCAGUUAUGUCUACCUGUCUAUGGCUUAUUAUUUCGACAGAAGCGACGUAGCGCUGGAGGGUCUUCACAAAUAUUUCAAAAAAUCUUCCGACGAGGAAAGGGAACACGCCAUGAAAUUUAUGACUUAUCAAAAUAAGAGGGGCGGGAACAUUGAUCUGACGGACAUCGAAAGCCCGCCAAAAAAUGACUGGGUCUCCGCUAAAGAUGCAAUGGUGGCAGCGUUGGAGCUAGAAAAACAAGUUAACGAGAGUCUUCUAAAUUUACACGCACUGGCAUCGAAGUACAACGACCCGAAUUUAUUAGACUUCCUGGAGACCGAGACCUUGCAAGAACAAGUAGAUAGUAUAAAAGAAAUCGCCGAUCAUAUAACAAAUCUAGAACGAGUCGGUAAAGGCCUUGGCGAGUACAUCUUCGAUAAAGAACUUAAAGAUUAAAACCUCAUUUUCGAAAUGUGAUAUUAAAAUGAGGUUAAAACUAAAUCAUUGUGCACAAACGUCAAAUUAAAUUCGUAGCCAGUAACAUUGUAGAGUGUGACAAAUAUUACAAUGUAUUGCAUAACAUUGUGCUAAUUCUUU